AUUUCCUUAACAUAGUAGGGUCAUUUUCGUAAUUUAAAUCAGAGUUUCAUGGUGACUUUACCUUCCACUUCUCUCUCAUUCUUUACUACGAGGGAUUUGAUUGUUCGAACAUGCAGCAGGGCGGAGGAUCUGAGUCGGAGGUCACGUGGGAGGACCAACAAAACAUUAACAAAUUUAGUCGGUUGAACAAUCGGUUCCACGAGCUUGAAGAUGAGAUUAGAACUGCCAAGGAAACAAAUGAUAAUCUAGAGGAUGCAAGUAAUGAGUUGAUUCUCAGUGAUGACGAUGUGAUUCGUUUCCAAAUUGGGGAAGUUUUUGCCCAUAUACCGAAGGAAGAAGUUGAAGGCAGGUUGGAACAAAUGAAAGAGGAAAAUGUUGAGCACUUGAAGAAACUUGAGGAAGAAAAGGAUUCUAUAGUGGCCCAGAUGGCUGAGUUGAAGAAAAUUCUGUACGGGAAGUUCAAAGAUUCCAUUAAUCUAGAAGACGAUUGAUUAAUACAGAUGAGAUUUUUCUGAAGCUGUUUUGAUUCUAUGUUCUUAGGAUCUUGAUGUUGUAUUUCUCUCAUGUGGUCCAUGUAGUCUUGGAAUGCUCUGGAAUUUGAGUUGAGAAAGUGACUUGAUAGUUUAUUCAAGAUCAAUAGAUGUUUAUGGUACUGUUUUUGUCUCUAAUAUACAUGAAUAUCUAGUGUUCCUUGACUAGUCUUGUUUAAA